AUGCAAUUAUAAGAUUAGAAUAGAGAUCUCUUAAGGUAAGUUGCUAAUCUUGAGAAUGACUUACAAAAAAACGAAGAAGAAUUGAGAUAAUUAAGGAGAAAUAAUAAAAAUUCUUAAAAUUUUGAUAAGAAUGCAUAACAGAUGAUCUUGAAAGAUAGGGAGAUAUUGCAUUUAUAAUCAGUUGUAGAAAGAUUGGAAGGAAUGAAUAAAUAAUUGUAAUAGGAGUGUGAUAGACUGGCUGCUAAAAUUUAAUUAACUUCACAUGAAAACACUUUAUUAAGCAGAACAAAUAGAGAAAUUAGUCAAAUGGGAAAAUUAUUAAUUGAGGGAUAAUAAAUAAAGGAGAUGUUGGAGAAGAAAAAAUAUGAAAAACCAUUGACAUUUACCAACAAUAAGGCUCCUUAAGUGAUAUAAUAGUUGCAGUUACAUAGUAGAAGACCAUCUGUAAAAAAAUCUUGA